AGCAAAAGCCGCUAAUCGUGUGACUGUUAUCGAUGGACGCGUCAUUAUUUUGUUUUGGCUCCUCAUUAUCCAAAUACAGAACUUGUUAAUAAUUGUAAUUUAAAUUAAAAUGGGUUUCCUGUUUAUACUCAGUUGGAUCUCCUUAGGUAUACAAAUCACCUUCGUAACGCUGUCCUUAGUGGCCGGACUUUACUACUUGGCUGAAUUGGCGGAGGAAUACACAACGCCUGCACGACGAUUUAUUUUGUUUAUGAUAAGUUUCACAAUUAUGGUCUACAUCAUGUUCAUAUUCUUUGAGGACUUCCCCUGGACCAUGCUGCUGUGCGGUCUGACAGCACAAGGAUUUCAUUUCUCUAUAAUGACUGAUUUUCCAUUCAUUCGUUUGCUGUCGGUGCCAUUUAUUGGCUCUUUGGCCAUGUUGGUCAUCAAUCAUCUGUUGGCUUUUCAGUAUUUCACUACCGUCUACGUGCCCUUCACACAGGUUCUCGCUUACUUUACUAUCUGCAUGUGGAUGGUUCCCUUUGCAUUGUUCGUUUCGGUGAGUGCCAACGACAACGUGUUGCCCACCACGAUUGGGAGCAAUGAAAGAAGACUGGGCAGCAAUAAUCCCGAUGUUGUCAGCAAUUACUUCUCGCGCAACAAGAAGAUGGGACUGUUAUCGUUGUUCAACUACAUGAAAGAGACUUUGUUGCCCGGACGCAGCAAGAAAACAUUUUGAUGUGAACAAACAAAAAGAAAACUGGUAGUUUAAGCAAUCUUGAAAGGACAACAAUCGUAUAGUUAUUUAUUUUGUAAUAAAAGUAAUUAUAGUGUUAUUAUGAACAUUUAAAAUGCUCCCUCUACUUGUUCUGUGUCUUGACGCUGCCGUCGGCCAUGCCAAAGUAACACUUCGAUGCCAUGUCCACAAAUAAACCCGUCUCCAGGACACCAGGUAUCAUGCUAAUUGCACGAUUCACCUCAUCCCAGUUGUAUUCGCGCUUGGCCAAAAACUUCCAGUCUAGCAGAAAGUUACCAUUGUCGGUAACAAUGGGUCCAGCUUUCUUCAGGGCAAUACGAAGACUUG